CCUGAAGAGGAAAGGAGGACCAAGUCAAGUCCUUUCCCAAAGAGAGGACAAGAAUGAAAACAGUGGACCUCUCUAAAAAGAGAUCCAAAAAGAAAUCAGUUUUCAUCUACAACCAAGACCACUUGACCUCUCUAAACAGUUGCAGAGUCAGCUUCGACCUCACCAGCGCGCAAUGGCUUUGCUCCUUCCAUUCUCCACCGGUUCAUCUCUACCCAAUUUCCGGUUCAGACGCACUCCGCUCCGAUCCUCCAGCGAACGACAGGCUCUCUUUAACCGCGUUGCUCCUUUCUACGACAAUUUAACUGAUUUGUUGAGCUUGGGUCAGCACAGAAUAUGGAAAAGAAUGUCUGUUUCAUGGAGUGGUGCAAAAAUGGGUGAUAGUGUAUUGGAUCUGUGCUGUGGAAGUGGAGAUGUAACGUUUCUAUUGUCUGAGAAAGUUGAGGUCGAAGGCAAGGUGAUUGGUUUGGAUUAUGCGAAAGAUCAGUUAUCAGUUGCGUCUUCCCGGCAAAAGUUGAAGUCCAAAGCCUGCUACAUGAACAUUGAGUGGGUCGUAGGUGAUGCACUUGAUUUGCCAUUUAGUAAUGGUCAUUUUGAUGCUAUAACUAUGGGUUACGGGCUGCGAAAUGUAGUAGACAAACAUAAGGCAAUGAAGGAAAUCUGUAGAGUUUUGAAAACGGGGUCAAGAUUGUCCAUCCUUGAUUUUAACAAGAGUGCCUACCCAGUAACUUCCUCACAGUCACAGCCCUCACUUCAGGAAAUGGUGAUUGUCAUUGUUGUUGUCCCUGGGGCUUCUCGUUUUGGCCUUGUAGACGACUACAAAUACCUAAAGAGAUCAAUUAGGGAAUUUUUGACGGGGGAUGAGUUGGAGAAGCUCGCUUUAGAUGUAGGGUUUUCGGAUGCAAGAUAUUAUGAGAUUGCUGGAGGCCUUAUGGGGAACUUAGUAGCCACCCGCUAA